CCAAGCACCCCAAACCUAACCCAGCGCUCCCUCACUCCUCCCCUCCGACUCGCCGCCGCCGGAGCUCGCCGGUGGAAGUCCACUCGGCCGCGAUGAGAGCGGCGGCGGGCACACCCCUUCCCUUCCUUCGAGGAUCUCCCGUUUCUCCUUUCCCUCCUUUUCUUCCCGCCGGGGUUGCAGCACUGGUCGCGCAGAUCCGGCACCGGUGGUUGCGGAUCCGGUGCCGUCUUGCGGAUCCGCUUGGGGCAUACCGGCCGAAGCAGCUCGACCUCCACCCGCCGGCCGUUCGAGAUGGUCGGGUGCCUGUGCCACUGCCGGAUCUCGACGAUCUGAAUCCAGUCUCGUUGGUGAUGGCGAGCUCGGGGUUCUCGUGGACGCUACCGGACCACCCAAAGCUCCCCAAGGGGAAGCCAGUGGCGGUCGUCGUGCUGGACGGAUGGGGCGAGGCCAACGCCGACCAGUACAAUUGCAUCCAUGUUGCGCAGACGCCUGUCAUGGACUCGCUCAAGAAUGGUGCUCCAGAGAAAUGGAGACUAGUGAAGGCUCAUGGAACCGCUGUGGGUCUCCCAUCUGAUGAUGACAUGGGCAACAGUGAAGUUGGCCACAAUGCUCUUGGAGCUGGCCGCAUUUUCGCCCAAGGUGCUAAGCUCGUGGAUCGAGCUCUUGCCUCUGGAAAAAUUUAUGAAGGUGAUGGGUUCAACUACAUCAAAGAAUCUUUUGAAAAUGGUACUCUUCACCUUAUUGGGUUAUUGAGUGAUGGUGGUGUCCACUCCCGUCUUGACCAACUGCAGCUACUUCUGAAAGGUGCUAGUGAGAGGGGAGCAAAAAGAAUCCGUGUUCACAUCCUUACCGAUGGGCGUGAUGUUUUGGAUGGCAGCAGUGUUGGUUUCGUAGAGACACUAGAGAGUGAUCUUUCACAGCUUCGAGAGAAGGGUAUUGACGCACAGAUUGCAUCAGGUGGUGGAAGGAUGUAUGUUACCAUGGACCGUUAUGAGAAUGACUGGGAUGUGGUCAAACGUGGGUGGGAUGCCCAGGUGCUUGGAGAAGCACCCCACAAAUUCAAAAGUGCACUUGAAGCAGUGAAAACACUGAGAGCAGAGCCGAAUGCUAAUGAUCAGUAUUUGCCCCCAUUUGUGAUAGUUGAUGACAGUGGCAAAGCUGUUGGGCCUGUAUUAGACGGUGAUGCAGUUGUCACUAUCAACUUCCGUGCUGAUCGUAUGGUUAUGCUCGCAAAAGCACUUGAGUACGCAGACUUCGACAAAUUUGACCGUGUCCGUGUCCCCAAAAUCCGGUAUGUUGGGAUGCUUCAAUAUGAUGGUGAGUUGAAGCUUCCUAGCCGUUAUCUUGUUUCUCCACCAGAGAUAGAGAGAACAUCUGGCGAAUACUUGGUGAAGAAUGGCAUCCGCACAUUUGCUUGCAGUGAGACGGUGAAGUUCGGUCAUGUCACAUUUUUCUGGAACGGUAACCGUUCAGGAUACUUAGAUGAAACUAAGGAAGAGUAUGUAGAAAUUCCUAGUGACAGUGGUAUUACAUUCAAUGUUGCACCCAAGAUGAAAGCGCUUGAAAUCGCGGAGAAAGCCAGGGAUGCUCUCCUUAGUGGAAAGUUUGACCAGGUACGUGUCAACCUGCCAAAUGGUGACAUGGUGGGUCACACUGGUGAUAUUGAGGCCACAGUUGUUGCUUGCAAGGCAGCUGAUGAAGCCGUUAAGAUUAUUUUGGAUGCUGUGGAGCAAGUUGGCGGUAUUUACCUUGUCACUGCUGACCAUGGAAAUGCAGAGGACAUGGUGAAAAGGAACAAAGCUGGCAAGCCCCUGCUUGACAAGAGUGGUGGUAUCCAAAUUCUCACCUCGCAUACCCUUCUGCCCGUCCCAGUUGCCAUUGGAGGCCCUGGUCUGCACCCUGGAGUGAAAUUUCGGAAUGACAUUCAGACCCCUGGGCUCGCCAACGUUGCUGCCACUGUGAUGAACCUCCAUGGAUUUGAGGCCCCUGCUGACUACGAGCCAACCCUCAUUGAAGUUGCUCACAACUAAAUACUGGCCAACCUUGAUGUCCAAUUUUGUUGCUAUAGAUUUGAGAAUGCAUCGGUUAUGGACAUGUCAUCAUGCAUUCGUGCCUUGGAAUGUGCAAUUCACCUGUCCUACACUACGCAACCAAAAUAAUAUCAUAAUAUGAGGACACGAUCCCAAAGUUUUAACUCCACAAAUGGAUCUGUGUGUAGCACUUAUUUCCUCAGACGAAACUUGACAUGGAUCUGACCGUGUAGGUCUCUUCUUGGAUGGUAUUUUGUUUGCUAGGUUCCCUGCCGAGAGUAAAUUCCAUAGAACUACUACUAUUUCCAGUAUUAAAAAAACUACUAUAUUUGUACAUAUGGUAACUAGAAAAAACUUGUGUUUCUACGGUACCA